UCAGGCACUGCACGGCCACCCUCACCCAACAGAAACAUUUCAGGUCCUUUUACUUCACGUGUGCGUCUGCUGCUGGGACAUCGUGAGAGGAAACCAUGCCGAAGUCAAAGAGAGACAAGAAAAUUUCGUUAACGAAAACAGCCAAGAAAGGCCUGGAGUUAAAACAGAAAUUAAUCGAGGAGUUACGGAAAUGUGUGGACACAUACAGAAACUUGUUCAUAUUCUCUGUGGAAAAUAUGAGGAAUAGCAAACUGAAAGACAUCAGGACAGCUUGGAAACACAGCAGGUUCUUCUUUGGCAAAAACAAAGUCAUGGUGGUUGCUUUGGGUAAAGGAGAAACGGACGAAUACAAAGAUAAUUUGCACAAGGUCAGCAAAUAUCUACGAGGAGAAGUGGGAGUGUUAUUCACAAACAAAACAAAGGAUGAAGUGCAGGAGUAUUUCAAUCAUUUCAAAGAGGUGGAUUAUGCACGGGCAGGCAACCAGGCACAGAUGGACAUUACUCUGGAUGAGGGACCUUUGGAUCAGUUUCCUCACUCAAUGGAGCCCCAGUUGAGACAAUUGGGACUUCCCACUGCACUCAAAAAAGGUGUGGUGACACUGCUGAAAGACCAUCAGGUCUGCAAGGAGGGAGAUGUGCUAACGCCUGAGCAGGCUCGUCUUCUGAAACUAUUUGCCAUUGAAAUGGCAGAAUUCAAGGUGCAGAUCAAAUGCAUGUGGAACUCUGAGACAGGCGAGUUUGAGAACAUCACUGGAGAGGAAGCGCCCAUGGAGGAUAACGAGGAAGCAGACGAUGAUGAUGCAGAGUGAAAGACAUUCAAGGCCAGGGGCUUGUAAACGUGUUUUAUAUUAUUUCUGCCGACCUUCAACAGCAGAGGGACAUUGAUGUUGAAGCUAUUCAUCCUUAGUGCCAGUGCUGCAUCUGGAGUCUUCAUAACCUCCUCUCACUGCCCAUUUUUCAUCCAUACACAUGAACUUCUGUCCUUUAUCUGGAAUUUUAGCUUUGGAUUGAGUAUUUGUUCAGUAAACACUGAUGACACAAGUCAAAAGAUUUCAUGAUAACUUGCCUAAUGAUGCCAAGGCGCCAGCAUAAAAGUAUUUUGCCGCUAAGCCCCCAAAGCAAACAAACAAAAGAAGAUGCCUUUGUUAAACCACUGUUUGAUGCAUGUGUGUGUCGGAAAAACAGUUUGAAUUGUGAAAAUGAUCUUUUUAUAUGCAAGUUUAAUUAAGGCAGUCUAAAGAAAAUUGCUUUAUCAGAAAAAAUCUUCAGUUUUUAUUUUAUACAUUUGUACAUCAAUUAUGAAGUGCUUUUAGGCAUCCAUACAUACCUGUCUCAAAUUGGUCUGUUGAUUAGUAAAGAAAAAUACAAAAUGUGAUCGUAUGAUUUCGGAUAAACCAAAUGGAGGAAAAAGCCUUGAUAAAUCUGGUAUUUGAUAGGACUGUCACAAGAGAUUUCAGCGGAAGUAGUUGGGACACUCGUGGGCAACAAGAUUCCAGGCCUCAUCAAAGGCGGCGACCACCCUCUCAUCCAGAGGACCCUCCUCUGCGGCAGCCAAGUUUUGUUGAAGUUGCUCCAUACUUGACAUGCCGAUGAUGACUCCAUCACCAAGAUCACCCUGGAACAACAGAAAAAAAAUCAGUGUUCAAAAACAAAACUUGUGUUUUAUUGAAGCUAAUGAAAGAUCUACAAUAUUUUUCUUUUAUCUGCUACACCAACUGUGUUUGACUUUUUAGGGCUGAGAUAAUACCUACAUAUAACAGUUAUUAGAAAAUCUCUUGAUAGUUUUGCCAUUUCUUUCUUAAUACUUUCAGCAUUAUUAUUUGUUAAGGGAAAAAAAAUGUAUGCUUGACCACUAAUUAAUGCUACAGAUCCAUCAAAUGUGUUCAAAGGAUCUGAAAUGAGUUAGAUUCCCCUCUCAGAAGGUCUCAGGUUAAGGAUGGCUACGUUCUUAAAUUUCUUUUGAAGAUACUUUGUCUUAAGAAUGCCAGGGCAGAACUAAUGUUUGGUAAUGCUUUUCUCAAAUUGCUCUGAUAAUGUUUCAGUAGGUACCUGAAGUUUAGAGUGGUGGUACAUCCAGCGCAUGGCAGCAGAUGUCAUGGUGGGUUUCUUUGAUCCGUAAGCUGUCUCCAGGGAUUUAAUAACCACAUCUAUUGCCUGGAAAUGACUCAACUUCCAGUACCUGAUUGAGAAAAACAGACAUUUUUUCAUAAAGGUUGACAGAUGAAAAUAA